GUAUAAACAAUUCACUGCAAUCACCCGAAACCGAGCAGGAACCGAUUGCGGAGCCUAGCUCGACGGUCGUAAAAAUCCGGCCCUAAACCGUUCAAUGCACUACCGUCCCGGUCCGUUCAGGUAAACGAAGGCGCGAUGGGAGGCAGUGUCUGGCGCACCUGUCUGGUGCUGUCGGUGGCCGCCAUCUGCUGGACCACGCCAGCGACGGCGCACGGCUGGGGCUCGGAAGACAUGGAGCUGUUCGAUCUGGUCGAGGAAGUGAACGAAAACUUCUACCAGCUGAUGAACAUCAGCCAAACGGCUACGUUGGCCGAAAUCAAGCGCGCCUUCCGGACGCUCUCGGUCGUACUACACCCGGACAAGAACGAUGCGGAGGACGCGAACAUCAAGUUCCGCAACCUGGUCUCGGUGUACGAGACCUUGCGCGACCCGACCAAGCGCGAAAAGUACGACAAGGUGCUGAAGGAGGGCAUGCCGAACUGGAAGUCGGCUAUAUACUACUACCGACACGUGCGUAAGAUGGGCAUGGUCGAAAGUGCCACGAUCCUGUUCGUCGUGAUCACCGUGAUGCAGUACUUCGUGGCAUGGGCUGCGUAUGUCGAGAAGAAAUAUACGGCGGAACAAAUUGUUGGCAGCAAGCUGAAAAAGUUAAACAAAAGGAAGCAAACCAACGUGCAGCUAGAAGAGUUGAUCAACGAAAUACCAUUGCCGAGCAUUAAAAAUACACUUCCAUUUCAAAUCCCUUGGUGGGUGUGGAGUACGAUCACCGGCACGCCCGGAGCCAUUCGCGGGAUGUUUGAGCUGUAUAAUCAGCAAAAGAAGCUGAAGGAAGAGGAACUGCAGCGCGAGCAGGAGGAAAUCGAAUUGCAGGCCUCGCUGGAGGAGCAGCGAGCGAAGGAUAAGGAAAACCGAACACUUCGCAAGCGCACAAAGAAGAUGCUGGUGCCGGAGAAAACCGACGAAGAGCUGGCCGCGUACAGUCAGAGUAUUCUCAAGCCCGGGCAGGACACGAAGGAAACGACCGCACCGCCGCCCCAGUCGGGCGGACUCUGGACGGAGGACGACCUCACCGAACUGGUGCGGUUGGUGAAGAAGUACCCCGGCGGCACGGCGAACCGCUGGGAGCUGAUCGCUGACCUGAUGCAGCGCAGCGUCGAAGAAAUCACCUACAUGGCCGCCAAGAUGAAAGAGUGUGGCUACCGGUUACCGCAUCAGGCCGAAACGAGUGUGGCCGAGUCACUCGCGGCCGGCCAGGUGCCGGCAAAGGUGAAAACAAAAACGCGUGACAACGCCGACGCAGCGGCCAACACCAGCACCUGGUCGCAGCAGCAGCAGCAAGCCCUCGAGGUCGCUAUCCAGAAGUAUCCCAAAUCGGCCAACUACGACCGCUGGCAGAAGAUCGCCAGCAGCGUGCCGGGCAAGUCGAAGGAGGAGUGCAUCGCCCGGUACAAGUAUCUGGUGGAGCUGGUGAAAAAACAAAAGACGACAGCUGUCGCAGCCGACAAUGACGAAGAUUCGAAAGCGUCCAUCAGUCGCGAGCCACCACAACCGGAGCCGGUUAGUCAACCCGUCGGAGAAAGUGUCCCGUCAGCCAUCGAUGGGACAGGGAGGAACGGCGAGGAGGAGGACGAGGAGGAGACGACAGGUGGGGCCGCACAGGGUGGCCACAGCGAAAGCGUCCGACCGGGUGGCAAAAGUAGCUCCAAAAGCAGACGACGGGAGCGAAAAAAGGCAAAUGCGUACUACAGCUACUCGGACGAUUCGGACAUGUCAAAUGAUCCAGGGGAAAUAUAAAGUGUGUUCGAUGUACUUCGCGAUACAAUAGACUCCUGUUUAUCCGUUGUAAAGAUUGACACGGCAUCCGCGAAUAAUCUACAAAAUGUUCAAGAAACCCAACUAAACGGUUCAUAUUAACGUAUACCGAAGAAGUUUAUUUCAUUUAAUACCUUGUAGACGGAAGAACGGACAUGUCCAUCUUGACGCGUGUGUGACGUUUCUAAUAUUAACGUAAGCGACAAUUAGCAAUUUGCUGGCCUUCUAAUGGUUGAUUUGUUGCUUGUUGCACAACGUUGUAUAUUGUUCAUGAAAACAUUAUUCACCUUUUCUUCACAAAUGUCCGACAGGAAAACAGACAUUGUAUUGUGAGUUACAGUUGCCCACACAUUCGGCAGACACCGGACCAGUUUUCUGGGAGCUGACAGUACCGCAAGCAGUAAAUUUUAUAAAACACAUUACGAAAAGUAAAACUUUCUUCCUAAACAAGCGUGUAACAGAAAAAAAGUAAAAAAAAACCUGGACCGGCUGCGGAUAACCGGGAGUCUACUGUACUUCCCCCAUCGGAACCACCUCCCAUGAUUUGCCGACGGUAUCUUGCACACCCGGUGGUCAGCCGGUCAAAGACCAUCCGGCGGAUGCCAAAUACCUUUUUGCGAUGUGAGAUAAGCUAAAGAAUAAAUCAAUUUAAAACUACAUU